AAAAUUAGUAGCUUCGCACAGCCCUUCUUACUCUGAACCAUAUUACCUUUUCAAAUACCAACCUACAUCUCUGUUAGCUCUCUCCACACCACCCACCUACCCAAGUUUUCUCUACCGCAAGAUCGGCAUCGCAACACCAAAUCUGAUACUGGCCUUUGCCUUCAUUCUCACUUCCGGUUCCACAGUUUUGUCUGCCCAGACCCCGCUGCCCACCCCCUUCAGCAAGCACUAA